UUCACCCUCCGAGAAGAGGCGAGGAGAAAGGGGGUGUGUGUCUAGGGAGGGCGAAGGCGCCGCGAACACCUCCUCUUAACUCUCGCCGCUCCGCGAGCUCACGACCGCAAUCAGCUGCCGCCGGCCCGGAGCGGCCGACGCCGGGAGAGGGAGCGCAGCAUCCAGCGAGUGCGGCCUGGGCGGCUUCGGGGCGCCCCCGCACUCCCUCCGGCGGCGGCCCGCAGAGCGGGCCGGGGCCGCCGGAGCGCACUUUGGCGAUGAAGCGCCUUCCCCCGCGGCUGGAGCGAGCCGGUGCCAGGGUCCAAGGACAAAGCCGGGAAGCGCUGGUGGCGCCGCUCCUCGGGCGGAGGGGGGGGCAUGCACCUGCAUAGCCCGCCGGGCCUUGGCUCUCCCAGGCGCGCCUCAACUCCGCGGCUUCGCCGGCUCCGGCUCCGGAUUUACUAGAGGCCAUUUUGUCUCCCCCACCCCUUCCCUCCCCUCCCCUCCCCUCCCCUCUGCCCUCCCCGCCCCCACCACUUCCCCCUUUUGUUAAUUAAAACUAAGAAGUCGGAAUGGGAACGAGGUGCCCAGCUCCCGUGGAGAAAGCUUAAGGACACCACGCCAGUGCUUUCCUGCCUUCCUUCCGAGAUGGAAAGAGGAGCUCCUAGCUCACUUAAGCCGGGGUAGGGCUGGUUCUCCUUUCCGAGCCAAAAUCCCAGGCGAUGGUGAAUUAUGAACGUGCCACACCAUGAAGCUCUUGUGGCAGGUAACUGUGCACCACCACACCUGGAAUGCCAUCCUGCUCCCGUUCGUCUACCUCACGGCGCAAGUGUGGAUUCUGUGUGCAGCCAUCGCUGCUGCCGCCUCAGCCGGGCCCCAGAACUGCCCCUCCGUCUGCUCGUGCAGUAACCAGUUCAGCAAGGUGGUGUGCACGCGCCGGGGCCUCUCCGAGGUCCCGCAGGGUAUUCCCUCGAACACCCGGUACCUCAACCUCAUGGAGAACAACAUCCAGAUGAUCCAGGCCGACACCUUCCGCCACCUCCACCACCUGGAGGUCCUGCAGUUGGGCAGGAACUCCAUCCGGCAGAUUGAGGUGGGGGCCUUCAACGGCCUGGCCAGCCUCAACACCCUGGAGCUGUUCGACAACUGGCUGACAGUCAUCCCUAGCGGGGCCUUUGAAUACCUGUCCAAGCUGCGGGAGCUCUGGCUUCGCAACAACCCCAUCGAAAGCAUCCCCUCUUACGCCUUCAACCGGGUGCCCUCCCUCAUGCGCCUGGACUUGGGGGAGCUCAAGAAGCUGGAGUAUAUCUCUGAGGGAGCUUUUGAGGGGCUGUUCAACCUCAAGUAUCUGAACUUGGGCAUGUGCAACAUUAAAGACAUGCCCAAUCUCACCCCCCUGGUGGGGCUGGAGGAGCUGGAGAUGUCAGGGAACCAUUUCCCUGAGAUCAGGCCUGGCUCCUUCCAUGGCCUGAGCUCCCUCAAGAAGCUCUGGGUCAUGAACUCACAGGUCAGCCUGAUUGAGCGGAAUGCUUUUGACGGGCUGGCUUCACUUGUGGAACUCAACUUGGCCCACAAUAACCUCUCUUCUUUGCCCCAUGACCUCUUUACCCCGCUGAGGUACCUGGUGGAGUUGCACCUACACCACAACCCUUGGAACUGUGAUUGUGACAUUCUGUGGCUAGCCUGGUGGCUUCGAGAGUAUAUACCCACCAAUUCCACCUGCUGUGGCCGCUGUCAUGCUCCCAUGCACAUGCGAGGCCGCUACCUCGUGGAGGUGGACCAGGCCUCCUUCCAGUGCUCUGCCCCCUUCAUCAUGGACGCACCUCGAGACCUCAACAUUUCUGAGGGUCGGAUGGCAGAACUUAAGUGUCGGACUCCCCCUUUGUCCUCCGUGAAGUGGUUGCUGCCCAAUGGGACAGUGCUCAGCCACGCCUCCCGCCACCCAAGGAUCUCUGUCCUCAACGACGGCACCUUGAACUUUUCCCACGUGCUGCUUUCAGACACUGGGGUGUACACAUGCAUGGUGACCAAUGUUGCAGGCAACUCCAACGCUUCGGCCUACCUCAAUGUGAGCACGGCUGAGCUCAACACCUCCAACUACAGCUUCUUCACCACAGUAACAGUGGAGACCACGGAGAUCUCGCCUGAGGACACAACGCGAAAGUACAAGCCUGUUCCUACCACAUCCACUGGUUACCAGCCGGCAUAUACCACCUCUACCACGGUGCUCAUUCAGACCACCCGUGUGCCCAAGCAGGUGGCAGUACCCGCGACAGACACCACUGACAAGAUGCAGACCAGCCUGGAUGAAGUCAUGAAGACCACCAAGAUCAUCAUUGGCUGCUUUGUGGCAGUGACUCUGCUAGCUGCCGCCAUGUUGAUUGUCUUCUAUAAACUUCGUAAGCGGCACCAGCAGCGGAGUACAGUCACAGCCGCCCGGACUGUUGAGAUAAUCCAGGUGGACGAAGACAUCCCAGCAGCAACAUCCGCAGCAGCAACAGCAGCUCCGUCCGGUGUAUCAGGUGAGGGGGCAGUAGUGCUGCCCACAAUUCAUGACCAUAUUAACUACAACACCUACAAACCAGCACAUGGGGCCCACUGGACAGAAAACAGCCUGGGGAACUCUCUGCACCCCACAGUCACCACUAUCUCUGAACCUUAUAUAAUUCAGACCCAUACCAAGGACAAGGUACAGGAAACUCAAAUAUGACUCCCCUCCCCCAAAAAACUUACAAAAUGCAAUAGAAUGCACACAAAGACAGCAACUUUUGUACAGAGUGGGGAGAGACUUUUUCUUGUAUAUGCUUAUAUAUUAAGUCUAUGGGCUGGUUAAAAAAAACAGAUUAUAUUAAAAUUUAAAGACAAAAAGUCAAAACAAAAAUAUUUUCUAACUUGUAAGUUCUAUUUAAAGGGGGUGGGGGGGGAAUCUUGGGAACGUUGUGGGGUACAAGCCACAAGUUAACUUGCUAUGCUGCCAGAAGGGAUUUCUGGUAUAAGGUUGAAAUUGCUGAGAUAAAAUAAACUAAAACAACAAACAUCCCUAAAGAGGUAGGGUGUGGGCUGCUGAGGGGGCAAGAGGGAUAGACUGAAUCUGUCAUUUUUUAGAAGAUGCUUCAUAGGACACAGGACUAUCCAUUUCUACAGACAUCUUUCUUAAGCCGAGAGCUGUCUUUGCAGAAUUAUCUUAUUAAAAAAAAAUACAAAAAAAAAGCACCAUGAAUUUGUACUGUGCCAAAAUGAUAGUGGCAAUAAUAUUUUUCUUCAGAGGCUAAGGGGAAGAUAGACCUGUACAUGUAUUUUAAGCAGGAAAACCACCAAAAUUCAAACGAACCCUUAAAGGGGCUGAGUCUUUGUCCAUGUGCACAAGUCUUGGGGGUCUGUGCACUGGGACACACAUGUGCCUUGCCUGACAGAAUGCUUAGAAAGGAGCAGAGAAGGACGGGAGCUGGCGUAGCUCUCAGUCUAAUGCUUUCACAUUGCACCAGAUUCCUGCAGUUGGGCUUAACCCACUCUGCAAGGCAUGUGUCUAUUCAGGGUUUCCCAGGAGGAGGAGGAGGCCCCUGAAGGGGUGCGGCAGCAGGGGGGGUGGGAAGGGAGGGUAAAGCAGAGAGAAUGUAUUCACAGGAGGCCAUAAAUUAGCAUUGUGCCAUGUCCACCUGUUGUUCCUGGACUCUGACACAUGAUUGUAGAUAAUGAUGGCAUUUUAUGAUUUUUAAAAAAGAUUUUGUUUGUUUUAAGGUGGAGAGGGAGGAGAAGCCUGAAUUGGGGAGCUUGGGAGUGGAAGCUUUUCUCAUGCUUGUGAUUUGGUGACUCUUCUAAAUGCUGAUUCAUUAGGGAUUAUUACAGCGGAUGUCAACUGGUUGUGGUGAUGGGGUGGGGGCAGAACAUGAGUAGCAAAGAAAAGGGAGAGACGAAAAGGGUACAGGCUCAUGUAAAGUAAUGAAGCCUUUCCCAACCAGGAUGGUUCACAAAAAAGCUGUGAGAUCCACAGUUACAAGUGACACACAUGCACACAUGGAGUUCCACAUGGGGUACUGUUGAAUGGAGCACACUGAUGGGAAGCUUCCCUCUCCCAGGCCACCUCAGGAGAAGGUGGAAGAGAAAGGGUGGGCGUGGGUGGGGAAGGCAGAGAUCUCUGUUAUUCUGGUCCAUCUAAUGAUGUAACUUCUUUCAGUUAUUAUUUUAGCUUUAAAAGGAAAUACGGGGUUCAGAUUUGAAAGGGGGUGGUAUGGGUGGGGGAGGGGAAUUGCCAACAAAAGAACACUGAUUGUAAUGUGAGAAAAGUGUAUUUUUGUAUUUUAAUAAAUAUUGUUGAAUUUUUAAUUCAAUGUCCCCAAAGGGUUAAAUUGAGUAAGACCCUGAACCUAUAGAUUCUUAUGAGCCAAUCAUUUCUAUUUAAUAAAAAAGCAAGGAGGGGAGGGUACAGGUAUGAUGGGGGAAAGACAAAUGUUAAAUUAUUUUCAAGUAUGGGAAAAUGCUAAAGCUGUCAACCUUUCCUUAGCUUAAAUAAAAGCACCCCGAUUCUAGUGCACCUUCUACAA